AGAAGUUUCAUUUUUAGUUUGGUUUCACUCGUUGAAAAAUAACUGCCUUUCCAGUUCAACAACCAGAGAGGCCGUAUCUUUAGCGCUAGGCCUGAUCAAGUUGUGAUUAGGGCUAGGCCUUAAGGAUAUAAAUUACAAAAACUAUGGCAGACGCACAAUAUGGUGCAUAUGGACAGCAGCCUGUAGCAGGUCAAGGAGGUUACAACUAUGGUAACUACGGAGCUGCUGAUACUGCUUAUGGAACUCAACAAGGAUAUGGUCAGCCUGCUGCUGGGGGGUAUGAGCAGCAGCAGCAGCCUCAGCAAGCAUAUGCUGGAUAUGAUCAGAGUGCCUAUGGUGGUGGUGCUGGUGCUCCACAAUCUCAGGUUCCAACCUCACAGUAUGGUACACAGCCUCAAACUCAAGCACAGUAUGGUGGUAGUGGUGUACAGAUGGCAUAUGGUCAACAGGGAGGUUAUGCACAACAAGGGGGGGACAUGUCUGGAGCAUAUGGGCAAGGAGGUGGUUAUGAUCAAACAGCACAAAGUGUAGCCCCAGGAGGAUAUGGUCAGGCUAGUGGUGCUGGCUCAGAUCCAUAUGGUCCACCUGGAGGUUAUGGUGGGCAACAGAGUAGUGGAGGAUAUGGACAACAGGCUCAAGGUGGAUUUGGUGGUGGUGUUGGGAGUGCAGGCUAUAAUCAAGGCGGUGGUGGUGGAGGAGGAGGAGGCGGCUUUGGAGGCAAUGCUGGAGGUGCAGGAGCAGGGGGCUUUGGAGGACGUGGUCCAGGUCCAAGAGGAAAUGAUGACUACAGCCAAGGAGGAAAUGAUAACUUUGGUGGUGGAAGAGGAGAUGGUUUUGAUAAUGGAGGAAGAGGACUUGGGGGUGGAAGAGGCCGUGGUGGUGGUGGGGACCGAGGUGGUAGCGUAGGAGGUGGCGGUGGCAUGGGUGGAUUUGGCGGCAGUCGUGGUGGAGGUGGAUUCAACAAAUUUGGAGAUAGGGGUGGACGCGGCGGUGGCGGCUCCGGUGAUAGAGGCGGUGGCGGCGGCGGAUAUGGAGCAGGUCGUGACAUGGAGGUUCAACAGGACACAAUAUUUGUUUCUAACAUGGGAUCUGAUGUAUCUGAAGAUUUGUUAGUUCAGCAUUUCGGUAGCAUUGGUGUAAUUAAGACUGAUAAAAAAACAAAUACUCCAAAAGUUUGGAUAUACAAAGAUAAAAUGACCAAUAUGCCAAAAGGAGAAGCCACAGUCACUUUUGAUGACCCAGAUACAGCAAAGGCUGCCAUUGACUGGUUUGAUGGAAAAGACUUUAAUGGCCGUAUUAUCAAAGUAGAGCUCGCACAAAGACAGAGGAGUGCAUUUUCAAGAGGCGGUGGUAGAGGUGGUGGUGGUGGUGGACCCCCUAGUAGAGGAGGUGGAGGCUUUGGGGGAAGAGGUGGAGGUGAUCGAGGUGGCAGAGGAGAUAGAGGAGGUUUUGGUGGAGGAAAUGGUGGUGGUGGAGGUGGUGGCAGCAGUGGAGGUCCUGCAAGAGAAGGCGACUGGACCUGUCCCGUAGGCGAUUGUGGCAACACUAACUUUGCCUGGAGAGAUUCCUGUAACAGAUGCCAUGCUCCUCGCCCUGGAGGUGGUGGUGGUGGUGGUGGUGAUGAUAGAGGUCGUGGCAGAGGAAGAGGUGGUGGUGGUGGUGGAUUUGGUCGUGGAGGUGGCGGUGAUCGUUUUGGUGGAGGUGGCGGCGGACGUGGUGGUGGUGGAGGAGGUGGUGGAUUCAGAGACAGAGGAGAUAGAGAUGGAGGAGACAGAGGUGACAGGGGAGGAUUCAGAGGAGGUCGUGGAGGAGGUGACAGAGGGAGCCGAGGAGGAGACAGAGGUGGUAGGGGUGGUGGUGGUGGAGGAGGAGGAUUUGACAGGGAUAGAAAUGAUAGAAGAUCAAGACCAUAUUGAGUGUCCGCUACCUAGCACUUACAGAUUAGAUUUCAAGCUUCAUUUCAUGAGGGGAGGAGGGGGGGGGGAAGGGACCAUGUUUUUAUUUUCUGUGUACACAAACAUUCGUCAUUUUUUGUACAUUUUCUGUCAUUUGGUUUUAAUAUGUUGUAAAAUAAAAAUCUUGUACAAAUGUUA